AGACUUGCUUCAUUCCACAGAAACGUCUUUCCUCCAUUCCUCUUGUGAGACACGAUGAAAGCAGGCGAAUGGCUUCCGUUCCCAGUGCAGGUCGACGCCUGCACUAAAGACAUUAACACAGUACUCAUCAACAGGAUGGUAGCAGCCAUGGCUGCCCUCGUACCACCAGCAAUACCCAGUACUGUGUAUUCACGUAUAUUCAAUACGUGGGGCGGGUGAAUGGCAACGCUGGAGGGCAAAGACAUCGGAAGGGGAUGUGUUGGUGCUGAGUGGGGGGUGCGGGGAGUCCUGAACCCCACCAGGUGAACAGAAUCCCCACUCUUGUCUCUUGUGGCUCCCAGAACAGAUGGUGGGGAUAGGACUGCGAGAGUUCUCUGCGUCCCUUGCCUCUCACCGAUCUGCCCAGUAAAUCUUCGGCAGGUCAACAUGCCGUUAAGCAUUGGUGUAAAUCUCAGAGUGACCGGGCACUGUAAUCAGGGUGGCCGCAAAUACAUGGAGGACAUGUUCAGCGUGGCCUACCAACAGACUUCGGACGACAAAGACCUGGAAUACGCUUUUUUUGGUAUUUUUGACGGACACGGCGGUGGCGAGGCUGCUACAUUCGCUAAGGAACACCUUAUGGAUAUUAUUGUCAAACAGAAAAAUUUCUGGAGCGACAGGGAUGAGGAUGUUCUACGAGCUAUAAGAGAUGGAUAUGUGAACACGCAUUAUGCGAUGUGGCGAGAACUCGACAAAUGGCCAAGGACAGCUUCCGGCCUACCUUCCACCGCAGGAACCACAGCCAGUAUAGCGUUUAUUCGAAAGGGUAAAAUUUAUAUUGGUCACGUGGGAGAUUCUGGUAUCGUCCUAGGCUAUCAAGAUGAUGGAGAUCCUCAAUGGAAGGCUAAAGCCCUUACGAAGGAUCAUAAGCCUGAAAGUGGCCCAGAAAUGAGUCGCAUUCAAGAAUCAGGUGGCAAGGUUGUUAGCAAAUCUGGUGUACCAAGAGUUGUCUGGAAUCGACCUCGUAUUGGACAUAAGGGACCUGUUCGGAGGUCAACUCAUAUAGAUGAAAUUCCAUUCCUUGCUGUUGCUAGAUCACUAGGUGAUCUCUGGAGUUACAACUCUGAGUUGGAUACAUUCGUGGUUUCACCAGAACCCGAUGUGAGAGUAGUGGCUGUUGAUGUAAAAUCUCAUCGUUGUCUUAUUUUUGGUACUGAUGGUCUGUGGAACAUGUUAACUGCACAAGCUGCAGUCGCUAUUGUACAAGCAGCAGAGAGGCAUAAUGAAAAACAUCUUAUUGCUUCACAACAAGCUGGCACUGGGCAAACGGACGUACAGAUGUGGAUCAAUCCUUCAAAGAGUUUAGUUGAUCGAGCACUUGAAAGAUGGUUUUCAACAAGGUUAAGGGCUGACAACACCAGUGUCGUUACACUGAUGCUUGAUCCUCCUGGACCUUCCCGAAGCGAGGUGUUACUUAGUCAGAAAAAGGAACAAGUUCCAUCACCGAAACCAACAGUGAGACCAGUGUUUUACACCCCAGUACCAACUACACCUAUACAAACCCCGCAGAAGCCACUACCAUGCUCUGGUAUACCUCAUGUCUUACAAAAGAACCCACCCAAAGGCUCUAUCGAAGUUGAAGGAAAACAGCCUGACUCAUCAAACACUACAGAAGAAAGUUCUAAUAAGAGUACUCCAGCAGAAAAUGUGAUACCUAAAGAAACUGAUCCUCUGAUGAAGUGCAUGAACGACGUGAACUUUAAAUCAACUGAGAUCAUUGCCCUCGAAGAUCCACCAGAAGAUGGUACAGAAAGUAUACAAGUUGCAGAAAUCUCCUCUAGCGAUAUUUUAGAUGAAAUCAAAGAAGUCGAAGGCAGUGAAAUACAAGAUGCGUCUAACGAAACUUCCACCAAUCAAGAAAAGAAUGUCAAGACAUCAGAAGAGAGCGCAACUCGCCAGGAAUGUGAAAGCAAGACGGAAAGUUCGUUGCAGAAAGUUCUUCCGCAGAAAAUGUCCGAUCCUAAAAUGAAAGAGGAGAAUUCAAAGGUGCCGAAUAUAGUGCGAGAAAAUGCGUUUUCCGAUAUGUGCGAUGAAGUGAAGUCUUCCACUACGAGUCCUAGCAAUCUAACCUCGAGACUGAGACGUGGCGGUGCUGCUAACAAAGGAGAGAACACCUUCAACAGACCCUGUGAUGAUGUCAGAGGUGGCGUCCUAAAUGGAACACGACGUAAACACAGCACUUUGUCUCAAAGUAGUAGUCGUUCUUUUGGUGGUGCAUAUGAACAUGAUCUCCGAGGAGCCGCAAGACGCAGACACAGUAUGAACAUUCAGCCAGAAAAUGUAAUAAAAACAAAUUCUGACGGUGACCUCAGGACUACCGUUCUGAAUGGAACUAGACGUAGACCAGGGAAUCAUCCAUUUGGCAGUACAUACGAGGGACUUCUACCUGGUGCAACUGGAGAGGUUAAAUCGUCGAGGUUAAAGCAUUCGACGACAAAGACAUUGACUCAAACAACAUUUGAAGAAACUCGUACCUCAAUAACAGUUGUCACUAGAACAAAUGGAACAGUAGCAUCAAAGCGUAGACACAGUACGAUAUCCCAAGCACAACAAGACAGUUGUACAACUGUCGUAGAACCAAGCAUAAAGAGAAGGACUCGAUCGGAAGACAGAAGAAGUCCUACUGAUGAGAAUAAUCCUGUGAAUCAGAAACGUGAGGAGCCUCAUAGUAGGCUAGGCUGGCCAGGUUCAGAAUCUUCUUUGUCUAGAGCGAAUGGAACUAGUUCCAGUACGACGUCAGGACAAGAAAGACUAUCAUCACCAAAUUCCUUUCAGAGGAGGAGUUUAGAGAAGAAAGCUACUCCCGUGAAGACGUUUCGCAGACCCUCCAUCAAUGGCGCUAAUCGUGUUCAACUAAGAGGUAGCUUUGGUCUAAGGGAUUAUGAGCAGGCGAAAUCUAACCGGUCGGUCGCAAAUACUCCUAGCACUAAUGGAAUUUGCGCCGAUCAAGCGAAACCGAAUAGGACAAUCUGCAUCAGUCCAACGGAUGCUCCGCCACAACGUUGGUUAAGGUCAGACACGAUUGCCGCGACACCUGUAAAAACUUUACGCUCUCGUAACGUUGAUAUUACUGGACAUACAGUCUCGGCCCAAGUAGCUCAUCAAUACGGUGUCGUAAAGCAGAAUCGAUUGUCUCUGCCUGCAAAAUUGAAACAGGCGGCCAUUGCAACGAAAAUAAAAAGUCCACUUUCGACGGGAAAAUUGAAACAAGCGGGACUGGCAUCCAGCACGGGUACCAGUUCUGGCGCGGGAUCUGGAAUUGCUAAGAGAGCCAAGUCACCUUACAAUCCUAGCGCCAGAUCACUCAGCACGCGAUCUCGUAUUAAACGUCUUGGAAAGUGAGAAGUAUAAAGCAACACUUGUUCUGAGAAAACAUAAAACGUGCGGUUGGUGGUUCGGUGAGUUACAAUGCGUAAUAACGUGAAUGUUUUAAAUCAAUAACGUGUCUCGCAGGUAGACCGGACGAUUUUACUCGUCUUCGCAGUAAUUAGAAUAAAGAAAUCAUCAGAAAGGAAGAUAUUCCUUCGCAGCGAGAUAAAGCUUAUGUAUCAAUGCCGACCUGCGUCGGCAUUAUUAUUUUAAUAACAGAGCACGUUAGUGAGGUUAGGAUUGUCAAAUUUCCUACUGCGAAUUUCAUAUCCUUGCUUUACCUUGCGACUUGGCCAUUAGUGUCUUUCUUCCCUUUUUUACUCGCUCCUUCCAAUUUGUCUGAUAGCUAUGUACGGGCCUCUUACUUUUACCACUUCAAUAAAUCCGCAUCAUAUUCCAGUUUCGAAUAUUUCCCUCUUUUUUUUUUUGCAGCCUUCCUCAUUCGAAACUGUAACCAUGCAAAUAAAACAGGAAUAGUUCAACUAGACCUCUUCCAAAUAAAACAGAAACCAAUAAAGAAGCGGCCAAGUGUACGCACGAAAAACUUUGAGAUUUAAUGACAUCGUAGUAUAAGAAAAAAAAUGUUAAAGUAUCUAGAAAAGCAUGCGAUCACUGAUUUGCCUUUACUGACAAUGAGUAUAAAAUCGUCAGAGGAUUAUAACAUCGUAUGGAACGGUUGCACCAUCAAAACGAAAGUAAAAACGAAUUGCAUAUUUGAUACUAAAGUGAAUAAUGAACAAGAUCUUACAAUCCUUUGGAGAAACGAAUAACACUGUGAAAGGCAACUAAUCGACUGUCUACCGUAUGAUUUCAUAAUCGUCAUAGCUCGGGUCAUUAGGCGUCGAAGUCCGUUAUGUUGGAUGUGAGCUCAUCGCCACGAGUCAAAACCAAACCUGAUAGUACGAUUAUGGGAUUCAUGAAACUUUAACGAGUAACAAGCUCGGUAUAAGGCGGAUAAUUAUUCUACACAAUUCCAAAACAAAGAAACAACAGCAGUAACUGUAUUAACGAGUGUAAGUUGGUUGAAAAAUUGAAACUGACCACGUGAGCCACUGUAGUGUCCUGAUUGGUCGACUAUCGCAAGAUGGCCGCCUACCAACACGUUUGCUGUUUAUAACUGUUUAUCCUUAUGAUGCUUCCGUAUGCAAAUGACAUUUUUCAUAUCUUCCGUAUAUUCUCUGUAAUAAUAAACUCCGCUGCAAUCCGCGACCGUGUUUGAAACUCGUACGAGUGAAAGAGGCUAAGAAAAAAUAUCUGGGAGAAUCAGAGAGCCAAUAUGCACGCUAGAAAUUAGUCAAACAAUGGAGUUUGGGAAUAAUUUAAUUUAGACAACGUUUUAGCGUUAAAAGAGUCAUGCGCGAUCUGCAAGCACUGGCGUAUGUAUUAAAAGAAUCUUUAUCUAUUGUUUUCGUUCUCUCUCUUCCUCCCUUUUGAAAGAGAGUGAAGUAAACUUGUGAAAUUUGUACUGAAAUAAUAUGCGCUCAGAAUGGCGAUAGUCAUUUUUUGUUAAUCAAGAACCUUCUAUUGUCCGAAUAAUGGCAUCAUUUAAAACGACGAAGAGGACGCGUAUUAUUUUAGUUUAUUAAUAAAUUUUAACUGUUAUACAAUAAAGGAAGCUUUCACGGCCUUGUCGAAUUGGCUGUACUAGUCCUAAUAGUAGAUUUCUCAUUGGCCCAUAUCGUUCAUCGCGAAAUAGUUUGGCCAAUCAGCAAUCUGACACUUUAAUUGUGCUACUUGUUCGACAAAGACUGCGAAGGAUUCGAAAUACGCGAAAUAUGUAACGAGACGUGCCUACGAUAGUUACCAGCUGGACAUAUACAAUGUAAAUGUAACGCUCGCGGUUUAGUCGCGGUCGCGCAACAGAUGAAAUCUUAUAGCGUUUAUUUAUGUAUAAUAGAGGAAGUAGAGAAAGGCGUUCCGUGAUGGAAAAAUGCCUAUGGGCUCAUAGGUCGUAUUAUAUACAUAUUAUAUACAUGUGCGCGCGAAAAUUCAAGUAUUUUCGAAGAGUGUAAACUUUACUGUGGAACAAAUAAACGCGUGGGACGUUGGUAACAUUGGGAAACAAGAAGACAAGGUAGCAAAAACAUUUUCCUAGAAAGGAAUGAACUUAUUGUUAGUAAGCCGUAUGGAAUUUUUUUUAAAAAGCUCUUGAAACGAAUUAUUUGACAGGUUGAAAAGUACGAACCAAGGUUAAGUCGAACAAAUGUGUGAUCACAUUUUUAAAAGCUGUAUAUUUUAAUUGAAAUAAAGUGAACUGAAAUAUGGAAAA